GGCCAGGCGGUAACCCGGGGACUCGGCGCCGCGGUCCCUGCUGGCCGCUGCGGGAGCGGGCGCGGCAUACACUGGUUGGGAUCUAGCCAUGGAGCAACUCCAAGGGUGUGUGUCUACCUGCCGGGACAUUCUUUCCUUAGAGAACCAGUGCCUGGCUGCACUUCCUGACCUGAAGACCCUGAAGACAUCACAUGGGCGUGUGUCUGCCCACUCAGACAUCCUCUCCCUGGAGAACCGGUGCCUGGUCACACUUCCUGACCUGAAGAUCCUGAAGACACCACGUGGUGUGUCUGUCCAUUCAGACAUCCUCUCCCUGGAGAACCGGUGCCUGGCCACACUUCCUGACCUGAAGACACCACAUGGGCAUAUAUCUGCCCACUCAGACAUCCUCUCCCUGGAGAACCGGUGCCUGGCCGCACUCCCUGUGUCUGCCAGCCCCUUGCUCCGGUGUCUCCAGGUAUCUCACCUGGUACAGACUGAUCUGUGCAGCCUGAACACCAGCAACCACCUGCGCUCUGAGCCUCCAGCCUCAAGGGCUCAGUGCCUCUCUGAGGAACAGGGCCUCCUGACCUGCCCCAGGGCUUUGAAAUCCGUCUCUGCUCCAGAGAAAGCUCAGGAAGCAGCUUUGGGUCAUUGGUCUUCUGAAGAGAAAAAGCCAGAAGAGAAGGAAUGGGCAGAAGCUCAAAUGCCAAUUUAUAGUCUAAGCUUGGGAGAGGAGGAGGUGAUGGAGGAGCUGGCCCUGAAGCUCACCCCUGGGAACUCCGAAUCUUGUCCUGAGACUACUGACCAGGCCCUUUGGGAAAAGAAGAUGGUUCUAAUGAGCUUCCUGUGUUCUACUCUGGCAUCAAAUGUAAACAUGAAAGAUGCAGUUUACUCUACCCAGAUUUUCCUCCUUGAAGUUUGCAGUGAACUUGCCCCCUUGGAGCCUGAGUUUAUCCUCAAGGCAUCUCUGUACGCCAGGCAGCAGCUGAAUGUCCGGGAUAUGGCCAACAAAGUCUUGGCCAUUGCUGCCUUCUUGCCAGUCUGCCGCCCCCACCUGCGACGAUAUUUCUGUGCCAUUGUCCAGCUGCCUUCUGAUUGGAUCCAGGUGGCCGAGUUCUACCAGAGCCUGGCUAGCAGAGGGGAGGACAAGCUGGUGCCCCUGCCUGCCUGCCUGCGUGCAGCAAUGACAGACAAAUUUGUCCAGUUUGAUGAGUACCAGCUGGCUAAGUACAACCCUCGGAAGCACCGGGCCAAGCGACGGCCUCGCCGGUUGCCCCGCCCUCCAAAGGAGAGUUCAUUCUCUAAGAUGAAGCAAUAUUGGCCAAAGUUCAUUCGGCCUCUUUACCGUGAUCAGCUUAUGUUUGAGGAGGCCUACAGUGCAGUGUCAGUGGAAAAGAAGGAGCCAAGGUUCACCCUGAAGAAGCUGGUACAGCGACUGCACAUCCACGAGCCUGCGCAGCACGUCCAAGCCCUGCUGGGCUGCAGAUACCCCUCCAACCUACAGGCCUUUUCUCGAAGUUGCCUUCCUGGGCCCUGGGAUUCCAGCAGAGCUGGGAAACGGAUGAAGCUCGCCCGGCCACUGACCUGGGAGCGGGAGCUGAGCUUGCGGGGGAGCAAAGCUUCCGUCUGGGAGGAACUCAUAGACAGUGGGAAGCUUCCCUUCAUGGCCAUGCUCCGGAAUCUGUGCAACCUGCUGCGCGUUGGAAUCAGCGCACACCACCACGGGCUCGUGCUCCAGAGGCUCCAGCAUGCCAAGUCGGUGAUUCACAGUCGGCAGUUUCCAUUCAGGUUCCUUAAUGCUCAUGAUUCCAUCAAUGCCCUUGAGGCUCAACUUGAAAAAAAAGCGUUGCCAUUUCCUUCCAACACAAAACUGGUAAGGCAGAUAUUAAUUAAAAACGCAAGAUAUGGCAAGAACUACUAUUCCUGGCAGUCUUGCAAACCAAGUCGUCGGGAACUGCGGGCAGCCAUGAUGAUGCCUGUGGUAUACGAUCAGCUCAAGCGGGCGAAGCUGAGACUACACAAGGCCAGACAGUGGAAAUUUGACCGUGAGAUGCUAGCUCGGUAUCGACAGGCCCUGGAGACAGCUGUGAACAUCUCUGUUAAACACAGCCUACCGCCACUGCCAGGCCGCACCCUCUUGGUCUAUCUGACGGAUGCGGGUGCAGACAGGAUCCUUCCCAAGAGCAACCCACAAGGGCCCCCUCUGAACUACGUGCUGCUGCUGAUUGGGAUGAUGGUGGCUCGGGCAGAGCAGGUGGACCUCUUGCUGUGUGGAGGAAGCACUGUGAAGGCUGUUGCGAUUAAGGCAGAAGAAGGUAUCCUGAAGACUGCCACAGAUCUCCAAGCUCAAGUCCAGGAGUUGGAUGAAAAGUAUGAAUGGUCCCUGCCUACUUUGGGGAAGCACUUGCUGUCCCUGGCUACCCAAAGGGUCCCUGUGGACAGGGUCAUCGUCUUUGGCCAAAAGAUGGAUGAGAAAUCGAUAAAUGCGGCCAAACAGCUUUUCUGGCAGCAUGUGAAUCCCAAGUGCCUCUUUGUUGGUGUUCUCCUGAGAAGGACGGACUACCUAUAUCAAGAUUUGAAUCCCAAUGACGUGACUCUCUCAGGCUGUACUGACGGGAUACUGAAGUUCAUCGCAGAGCGUGGGGCCUCCCGCCUUCUAGAACAUGUAGGCCAAAUGGACAAAAUAUUCAAGAUUCCACCUCCCCCAGGAAAGACAGGGGUCCAGUCUCUCCGGCCACUGGAAGAGAGUACUCCAAGCCCCCUGGCUCCUAUUUCCCAGCUUGGAUGGCGCAGCAUCCGGCUUUUCAUUUCCUCCACCUUCCGGGACAUGCAUGGGGAGCGGGACCUGCUGCUGAGGUCCCUGCUGCCCGCACUGCAGGCCCGAGCGGCCCCCUACUGCAUCAGCCUUCACGCCAUCGACCUGCGCUGGGGUGUCACCGAGGAGGAGACCCGUCGGAACAGACAACUGGAAGUGUGCCUCGGGGAGGUGAAGAACUCGCAGCUGUUUGUGGGGAUCCUGGGCUCCCGCUAUGGCUACGUUCCCCCCAGCUACAGCCUCCCUGACCAUCCUCACUUCCGCUGGGCCCAGCAGUACCCUUCAGGUCGCUCUGUGACAGAGAUGGAGGUGAUGCAGUUCCUGAAUCGGGGCCUCCGCCUGCAGCCCUCUGCCCAACCUCUCAUCUACUUCCGGGAUUCCAGCUUCCUCAGCUCUGUACCGGAUGCCUGGAAAUCUGACUUUACUUCUGAGUCUGAAGAGGCUGCACUUCGGAUCUCAGAACUGAAGAGCUACCUGAGCAGACAGAAAGGGAUCACCUGUCGCAGAUACCCCUGUGAGUGGGGUGGGGUGGCAGCUGGCCGGCCCUACGUUGUAGGGCUGGAGGAGUUUGGGCAGCUGGUUCUGCAGGAUGUAUGGAGUAUGAUCCAGAAGCUUUACCUCCAGCCUGGGGCCCAGCCAGAGCAGCCAGCAUCCAUCCCAGAUGAUGACGUGGUUCAGGCCACCUUCCAGCAGCUGCAGACCCCACCGAGUCCUGCCCGGCCGCGCCUUCUUCGGGACACAGUUCAGCAGCUGAUGCAGCACCAAGGGGGCCUGAGCCUGGUGACCGGACAGUCGGGACAGGGCAAGACUGCCUUCCUGGCGUCCCUUGUGUCGGCCCUACAGGCUCCUGAUGGGGCCACAGUGGCCCCCUUAGUCUUCUUCCACUUUUCAGGGGCCCGCCCUGACCAGGCUCUUGCCUUCAUCCUGCUCAGACGCCUCUGUGCCUAUCUGCAUAGCCGGCUGCAAGAGCCAAGUGCCCUCCCCAACACCUACCGGGGCCUGGUGUGGGAGCUGCAGCAGAGGCUGCUGCCCAAGGCUGCUCAGUCCCUGAAAAGUAGCCAGCCUCUGGUGCUGAUCAUCGAUGGGGCUGACAGGUUGGUAGACCAGCACGGGCAGCUGAUCUCAGACUGGAUCCCAAAGACCCUUCCCCGGUGGGUGCACCUGGUGCUGAGCGUGUCUAGUGAUUCAGGCCUGAGGGAGACCCUAGAGCAGAGCCAAGGUGCCCGUGUGGUGGCCCUGGGGCCCCUGGAGCCAUCUGCCCGGGCCUGCCUGGUGCGAGAGGAGCUGGCUCUGUAUGGGAAGCGGCUGGAGGAGUCACCUUUUAACAACCAGAUGCGGCUGCUGCUGGUGAAGCGGGGCUCAGCCCUGCCGCUCUACCUGCGCUUGGUCACUGAUCACCUGAGGCUCUUCACGCUCUAUGAGCAGGUGUCCGAGAGACUCCAGACCCUGCCUGCCACCAUCCCCCUGCUGUUGCAGCACAUCCUGGGCACCCUGGAGCAAGAGCAUGGCCCCGAUGUCCUUCCUCAAGCUCUGGCCACUCUUGAGGUCACACGCAGUGGUCUGACUGUGGACCAGUUGCAUGGAGUGUUGAGUGCGUGGCGGAUGCUGCCCAGGGGGCCCAAGACCUGGGAAGAAGCAGUGGCUGCUGGUAACACUGGGGACCCUUACCCUAUGGGCCCGUUUGCCUACCUCGUCCAGAGUCUGCGCAGGUUGCUAGGGGAGGGCCCCCUGGAGCGCCCUGGCGCCCGGCUUUGCCUCCUUGAUGGGCCCCUGAGAACAGCAGCUAAGUGUCGCUAUGGGAAGAGGCGGGAGCUGGAGAAGAUGGCGCACAUCCUCAUCGCAGCUCAGCUCUGGAAGACGUGUGACCCUGAUGCCUCAGGUGCCUUCCGAACUUGCCCUCCUGAAGCUCUGGGAGACCUGCCUUAUCACCUGCUCCAGAGUGGGAACCGGGGCCUUCUUGCAAUGUUCCUCACCAGUCUCCACGUGGUAGCUGCACACUUGGAACUGGGCCUGAUCCCUCGGCUCCUGGAGGCGCAUGCCCUCUAUGCUUCCUCAGUCCCCGAAGAGGAGCAGAAGCUUCCUGAGGCUGAUGUUGCUGUAUUUCACACCUUCCUGAGGCAGCAGGCUCCAGUCCUCAGCCAGCACCCACUGCUCCUGCACCAGCAGGCCGCCAACCAGCCUCAGGACUCGCCACUUUGCCGCCAGGCCCGCCAGCUCUCCCAGCGAUGGCACCUCCAGCACACGCUACGUUGGCUUAACAAACCCCAGACCCUGGGGCGCCAGCAAAGCUCCAGCCUGUCCCUGGCACUUUCCUCAGCCCCCACGGCUGUGGCCUUCUCCCCCAACGGGCAAAGAGCAGCUGUGGGCACUGCCAAUGGGACGGUUUACCUGUUGGACCUGAGAACCUGGCAGGAGGAGAGGUCUGUGGUGAGUGGCUGUGAUGGGGUCUCCUCUUGUUCGUUCCUCUCGGAUGACACCCUCUUUCUUACUGCCUUUGAUGGGCUCCUGGAGCUCUGGGACCUGCAGCAUGGUUGCCGGGUGCUCCAGACCAAGGCUCACCAGUACCAGGUCACUGGCUGCUGCCUGAGCCCAGACCGCCGGCUGCUGGCCACCGUGUGCCUUGGGGGAUGCCUGAAGCUGUGGGACACAGUCCAUGGGCAGCUGGCCUCCCAGCACACCUGUCCCAAGCCCCUGAACUGCAUUGCUUUCCACCCAGAGGGGCAGAUUGUAGCCAUUGGAAGCUGGGCUGGCAGCUUCAGCUUCUUCCAGGUGGACGGGCUCAAAGUCACCAAGGAACUGGGAGCCCCGGGAGCCUCUGUCCGUACCUUGGCCUUCCAUGUGCCUGGGCGGGUUGUGGCUGUGGGCCGGCUGGACGGGAUGGUGGAGCUGUGGGCCUGGCAAGAAGGGGCACGGCUGGCUGCCUUCCCUGCCCACCGCGGCUUUGUGGCUGCUGCCCUUUUCCUGCGUGCGGGCUGCCAGUUACUGACGGCCGGAGAGGAUGGCAAGGUUCAGGUGUGGUCCGGGUCUCUGGGUCGGCCCCGUGGGUGCCUAGGUUCUCCUGCUCUCUCUCCUGCCCUCUCUGUGGCUCUCAGCCCAGAUGGUGAUCGUGUGGCCGUUGGGUACCGAGCAGAUGGCAUUCGAGUCUACAGAAUUCCUUCAGAUUCCCAGGAGGCUCAAUGUCAAGCAGUAGACGUGGCAGUGUCUGCACUGGCCUGGCUCAGCCCUAAGGUGUUGGUGAGUGGUGCCGAAGAUGGGACCCUGCAGGGCUGGAUGCUCAAGGGACACUCCCUUCAGGCCCUCUGGCUUUUGUCCAGACACCGGAAGCCCGUCCUGGGACUGGCCACCUCCCAGGAACUCUUGGCUGCUGCCUCAGAGGAUUUCACUGUGCGGCUGUGGCCCCGGCAGUUGCUGACACUGCCACAAAAGGCAGAAGACUUUCCCUGUGGCACUGAGCUCCGGGGACACGAGGGCCCUGUGAGCUGCUGUAGCUUCAGCACCGAUGGAUGCAGCCUGGCUACCGGGGGCAGGGAUCGGAGUCUGCUCUGCUGGGAUGUGAGGACACCCAAAGCCCCUCUUCUGAUUUGCUCCUUCUCUGCCUGUCACCGAGACUGGGUCACUGGCUGCGCCUGGACCAAAGACAACCUCCUGGUCUCCUGCUCCAGUGAUGGCUCUGUGGGGCUAUGGGACCCAGAGUCCAGACAGCAGCUCGGUCAGUUCCUGGGUCAUCAGAGUGCCGUGAGCGCCGUGGUGGCCGUGGAGGGGCAUGUGGUAUCUGUCGGCCGGGAUGGGACCUUGAAAGUGUGGGACCAUCAGGGUGUGGAGAUGACCAGCAUCCCUGCUCACUGUGGACCCAUCAGCCACUGUGCGGCUGCCCUGGAGCCCCGGACAGCCGGCCAGCCGGAGUCGGAGCUUCUGGUGGUGACUGCUGGAUUGGAUGGGGCCACACGGUUGUGGCACCCACUCUUGGUGUUUCAGACACACACCCUCCUGGGACACAGUGGCCCGGUCAGUGCGGCUGCUGUUUCCGAGACCUCAGGCCUCCUGCUGACCGCCUCAGAGGAGGGCUCCAUACGGCUCUGGCAGGUCCCCGAAGAAGCAGAUGACACGUAUAUACCCAGGAGUCCUGCAGCCAUCACUUCUGUGGCCUGGGCCCCAGAUGGUUCCGUAGCAGUGUCUGGGAAUCAGGCCGGGGAACUAACCUUGUGGCAGGAAGCUAAGGCUGUGGCCACCGCACAGGCUCCAGGCCCCAUCAGUGCUCUGCUCUGGUCCUCAGCACACACCUUGAUUGUUGUCAGUGCUUAUAACCAAGUCAGCGAGUGGCGAGUGGUACUCCGGAUGGAUUCAACUCCCAGACAUUUCAGUCUUUACCUGAACCAAGUUCUGCAGGAGGACCUAGGGUUCCUGACAGGUGUCAGCCUGGCCCCUGAUGGCCACUCCCUCAUCUUGGCCAAGGCGGAUUUGCAAUUACUGCACAUGAAGCUGGGGGAUGCUCCCUCUGUAAUCUGGAGCAGCUAUUCAGACCAUCCUAUGAUGCUGUCCAUCCACCAGGACUAUGGUGUGUUUGUCCUGCAGUCAAUGCACCUUAGAGUUUUUUCUCUCUCAAGGCGAAAGGAAUCAGGAGAGUUGGAAGAGUGCAUGGAAUUUAAUCUGAAUUUAGAGAAUCCUAGUAAGACCCUCAUAUCGGUAACUCAGGCCAGACCUGAAUCUGAGUCCUCAUUUUUGUGUGCCAGCUCUGAUGGGAUGCUGUGGAACCUAGCCAGAUGCACUGCUGAAGGAGAAUGGACCACAGAUAAUAUCUGGCAGAAAAAAGUAGAAACUCCAGAGACAGAUCCAUCUAUACCUACUGACAUAUGGCCAACAGUUCCAUCCCUAAAUACACGGCAGUGCAGAAAGAUUCACACGGGCCCUGUCACAGCCCUCCACGUGCUGCCUGAGUUGCUGGUGACAGCUUCAAAGGACAGAGAUGUUAAACUGUGGGAGAGACCCAGUAUGCAGCUGCUGGGCCUGUUCCGAUGCGAAGGGGCAGUGAGCUGCGUGGAGCCUUGGCUGGGUCCUAACUCUGCCCUGCAGCUCGUGGUGGGAGACACACAGGGCAACGUAUACUUUCUGUCCUGGGAAUGAAGACGUACUACUCAGGGCAAAGAGACCACUUGUGCUAGAGAUGCAAAGCCGGAAGACGCCAGUGGCUACUUUCUUUCUCCGAUUAUAUAAAAUAAAGUGUCAGAAAACCUCAAGUGCAGUCCUGCCUGUGUUCUCCUGUGGAUUUGGACCAAGAAGGAAGACUAUGGAUGUUCUGAUGUUUCUUUCUGAUGUAACGUUAAUCUUUCCUAGAACUGCAAGAAAGUGAACCAGAUCUUUAAUAGAUAUUCUUUGGAUUCUGGUGUCAUUUGCUGGCCCCAGUACCCUAAGAUAACAUUCCUACCAGGGGGAGGAAUGAAAGUGAUGUUGACCAGCACUUAGUUUGAAUAGAGAUUCGAAGACCUCUCACCUGUUCAAGAAAGAGGAAGAGAAGGAACAGUGGCUCAGCUGUGCCGCUGGUCAGGGCUGGAAAGAACCGGGUUAGAACUAGGACGAUGCUAGGUUCCUCUCAAAGAACAGCCCCAUCUGCCCGGAGCUACCUGCCUGGAUGGGAGUGAGGAGCCAGGGCUCUGAAAGCACGGUGAGUCUUCUAGCUUUCCCAGCCUCUGACAGAGCAGCGGUGGCCACUUGACUUGCAAGCAUGAAUCAGUAUGAUAAUUUGCAUUCUGGGAAGAGAUCACAAAGGGGUAUGCCUCUCAAAUUGAUGUUCACAAAGAUUAAACUGAGUUGAAAGGUGAAACAGUGCCCACACGUGGACUAACCAUGGACUUUCAAAGUUCUGGAAACUUAUUUUCCUAUAGUUCUAUUUUAUGGGAGAGGAAGUUCCCUGAGGCCCUUUCUACAGGUUAAGGAAAGGCUAAGAGUCUUUUGUAUCCAGGAGUUCAAGGACUUGUAUAUGAUAAGCCAGAGCUAUUACAGGAUUUUUAUCCUGGGUUAGUAGGGUUCUCUCAGAGAAACACCAUUGCACUCUGGUCUAGAAAUGAGUUUUCAGGAUUCAGGGAGUUGAGAGGGUACUUAGUUUUGUUCUUACUUUGCCCUGAUUCCAAUUUUACAUCGAGAAAUCACCCAAAGGUCUUUACCUGAUUUCUACCAAUGCCUUGUAUUCUCUCUCAGCCAGAGGAUAAAGACGUAGGAAUGACAUCAGCUGAUAAGUCUUAAUGAUAGUUCGUGCGUCUAUCUUUUCUCAUGUGCCUCAUGCAAGGGCUCUAAAUAUACCUUCUAGACUACCUCCUCCACGUGUACCUUGUGACUAGAAGUUCAAGUUAAGGUAAUUUGAAACUUAUGAUUCAUAAUACUAUCCAGAAUUGCUUCAGAGAAUCUUGGCAUAGCGUCAUCCCAAAAGUCCCUGGUUUCAAACUUUUGCCUUUUGUUCCCCUGAAAGCACGGGCUGAGGACAGGAGGAAGCCCUCGAUGUCUGUCUUCUGUGCUCUAAAAAUUCUACAAAAGCACCCAGCUGCGGCCUUGUUGGUCAGGUCCACUUGAAGGGUCAGUUCUGUCUUUCUUAUCUUGGAGAUACACAGCGAGGUCAUAGGAUAAUUGCUGUGAGUGAAGACAGGAACAGAUUCUAGGUAACAGUAAAUAUGUACCCAAGGGAGUUGAAGAGAAAAUCACUUUGGGUUUUUCCAUGAAAUGUUUUCUGAGUUCUUAUCAUUAAACAGAAUCUCAGUGUCUCCCAGGGCCUGGACGAGUUCCACAAUAUAGCCACUGGACUGCAGGGUCAGCGGACAUUAGAGCAGUCUUUUCUUCUCUUACUCAUCUAUCUACAAAAGCACAUUUUCAUAAGCCAAAUUUUUCAUUUUUAACAUCUGUUUUUACACAGCUAUCUGGCACAAUCUGGUUUUGAAAUCGAGAGCAGAUCUGCUCACAGUUUGGUUUGUGGACUAGUGCCAGUCCAAACAUUGUUAAUGGUUUAUUUUCCUAGUACUUCAUUUUUAUUAUAUUUGACAAAAGUAUUGUUCAAUGACAGGUCAGGAAUUAAAACGAAGAAACAAACAACUGGUCCUUCAUCUCCGAAGUUCUGAGAAGCACUACUCUAGAAAGACUGGGUUUAAAAAGUAGCUUGAAAUCAUGGACUUACAUAACAAGACUGCUUCCCUUUCCCCAUAAUAAAGCAAGCAUAAUCAUAGUUCUUAUUUUGUGGGGAUAUUGUGAGGAUUAAAUGAGUUAAAAUCAGUAAAACACUUAGAACAGUUGCAGACACUUCCAUGGGGAAUGUUCAGGAAGUGCUAGCUAGACUGUGCUUUUACUUACCCACUGGUGCAAGUGUCACCUGUUAUUCUUUCUCAAAACUGUCUUGGGGGUGGAGGGUAUAGCUCAAGUGGUAGAGCACAUGCUUAGCAUGCAUGAGGUCCUGGGUUCAAUCCCCAGUACCUCCUCUAAAAAUAAAUAAACCUAAUUACCCCCCCCAGCUUUCCAAAAUAAAAUAAUUAAAUAAUACAAUAAUAAAGGGAUAAAAAUAGAAAAAAAGUAAAAUGUUAAAAAAAGUCUUGGUUAUUAGUAUACAUUUAUUCAGUCAGAUGAAAUAUGGACUCAGUUCUUCAGUUUAAGAAAUACAUGUAUGGGGAACUGUUAGAAUU